CCCAGUGAAUAAUGAAGAUACGCAUUGCUAACCCGGACUCUGGAGGGCCAGACCGCAAGCAGUUGCAAUGCUCGAGACUAGGGAAUGACUGGGUCAAAGCAUAGCCUCGCCUUUUUCCCGGUCACAGCUCGAGGCAGAACAUGUCGGAUGUCUGAGCUGCGGUGGGUCCAAUUUCCAUUGCGGUGCUAUUGGAGCCUCGCCUAGCCCCACGUUACCCGUUUCGUUUCAUGCACUUGAUGUCGUGUUUCCAUCCUUUCUGCCGAUUUCUCGGUGCCUCUUUAGUGAAAGCUACAUUUGCCGUAGGGCACGGUCACUGUGUCACGGAGUCAAUGAAUCUGAAUCUCGGACUAGAAUCCAGGAGGAACUCUCUCACAUGGUGAAGAAUCUGGACCUCGCUACCUCGUUCUUUCCGCGCACAGCAGUAACAUCAGAACUUGAAUUAGCUACGAGCCUUCCAAUCCCUGUAACAUCGGGCACUUCCAAUUUGCAUUUCCCACCGUGUUGGAAUCUGUUAUGUUUUCUGCAAUUCGGUGUUUGCCAGAGGGAUCUGAACCUUCCAUAUCUCCUCGAGAAUCGAAAAUUCAAAUCCAGCGCGGUCGAAUGUCGAAGAGCACCGCGCAUGAGAGCCCUCUCCCAGUAGCGUUCGGUCGCCAGGACAGGACGGUAAUGUCCUACAGUCCUGGAUAGCGAUGGUGUUGUAAUAUACCGAACCUGAGAACAAGGAUCGCACAUUGGUUUUUUACGGCCCCGAAAAAAAACCUCGAUGAAUGUAGACUACCUUCACACACGCGCUGAAUUGCGUUCUGAUAAACGUCGAAGACUGGACCACGGAAGUGGUGAAGUUCUGGAGAACAUCCGGAGGUGCCAUCCUCAACGGACCCAGUUUCUUCUGGUCGGAGGCGUGAGAGUCCAGGAUGAAAUUGAAUCAUCGCCGACGAAGAGUGUAUGCAUGAAGGACCCUGAGGGCAGCCGGAAGCGAGUGGAGUUUUAGGUUUAGAAUUCGCGAGUGGUGGAUCGCCAUGUCCCGAGCUCUACGAAGAGCUUCGGAACUAUCGUGACUUUGGGGUAUGGCGAUCCGAAUCUGUCCUCUGCGGCUGCUGCUACCUGCUAGAACGCGAGCCUUACUCUCUCUCGAGCUGCUGCGCUCGCGCGUCUUUUGGCUUCCCACUCCGGCUCUCUCGCGUUGCUCUGCAUCCGCCUUCCUCCAUGGGGGCCACCGACUUCGCCCUGCGGACCUCGUCCCCCAGCGAAUUUUCGACCAGCCUCAUCUGCUUGAGGGGGCCAGGGGCUCUGUGCCCAAUUAUGCGGAAAGCCAUCCAGCGCUCGUCGUGAGAAUGCUCCUUCCUCGGCAGCCAUUGGAACGAGGAUUUCGAAGUCGAGGUAGCAGUCCUGAGUCUUUCUUACAAGAAGGUGAUUUCUCUCCCCGCCCGUCGACCAUCGUGAUCCAGCUCCUGAGCUACUCGUUCGCCUGCUCGCAAGGAUGCGGAUCGUGAGAGAUCAUGCAAUCUGAUUUGGGGUUUCUGCCGGCUCGAGUGAGAGGAGUGAAUGCGGAAAAGAAGGUGGGCAUGGCUCUUUCGACCACAUUCGGAACGUGCGGAGAAGAUGGGCAACGCUUCGUUCACGACAAUUUGUACCCCAAGGUCGGGGGAUUUCACUUGAAUUUGUCGAAUGACGAUGGGAGCUAUCAAUUUUCCGGAAAGCAGAGUGAAGUCUCUGCUGACUGAAUUGCAUGCACUAUUCUACAUGAGGGUCGAUGGAAUCGUCAUUGCGUAGAGGCAAGCAAAAUUUGUCGCCCUCGAAUAACUGGUCCUCGACUGGUUAACGAUUCAGCUCAUAUCUGCUUCUAAGCAAGUGUGCCGGCAAAAGCUCUGAAAAAUGGCGAACAAAGAUGGCAAAAAAGGGAAGCAAGAUGACGCGACCAUGUACAGAAACCUCUGUAUCCAGAAGGACAUGGAGGUCAUUGUCAUGGAAGACAAAUGUAGAAAGCUGGAAACUAGAUCCAUGCAUGUGGAGGAAAUGAUCGAGACUCUGGCGAAGAAGACUGAGGAGAAAAUUGAGAACCUCGAAAAAAUAGUCGCAUAUCUGAACAGUGAGGAGGCCAAGAAAGAUGAGAAAAUUGCGAAAUUGGAAGCUCUGGUUGCGAAACUGGAGACUGACAUGAAAGAAACGAUAGAGAGAUUGAAUAAAGAGUUGGAAGACGAGAAAGGUCGUCACGAGUUCCAGUAUAACAGCCUGAAGCUUCAGCUGGAGUCCGCCAAUGUGAAGCUUCGAGAGAUGCACGACUUCUCCUUACGGAAGGCUGCAAUGGAAGCAGAACUUAUCUCCUUAAAGGAACAGUUGGCGAAAGAACAGAGGGACCAUGCAGAGGCAAUUAGCGAUGUUGAGAGAAAUGCAGUGCAAGAGCGGGAAAGGCUUAAGAAGGAGAUCGAAAGACGUGUGGAGGAAACGAAGAAAGAAAUGACCCGUUUGAUGGAAGAGCAGCUACAUCAAAAAACGAAAAGGACGAUCACGGAGAAUGAACAGUUGAGGAAAGAAGUGACAUACCACACACGGCAAACAGACAUGAUGCUGCAGAAGAACGAAAAACUGACGAAUGAAAAUCUUGAUCUUCAUCGAAGUUUGAUACUGGCGAAGGAGAUGGAGGAUGAUCUAUCUUUCAGGAAUCACAUGUAUCAGAAGACCACAAGAAUUCUGGUGUUCAAACUUCGAGAAAAAGAAGAAGAAAUGAGAGCAGCCGCUUUAGCUGUGAGAGAUGAAGCCGACACCGUUCGAGAAGAGGAAGAAUUAAAAGCGCUUCUGAGUGUAUCUGCAGAGCCUCCGAAGGCCGCAAGUGAAGAAUCAUCGGCAUCUGCAAAAACUGGGGACGAGGCCAUGAGAUUCCUAUAUGCCUGUCUAGAGGACCUUGAGCUGGAAAGGCUUAUCGACGCUAAGAAAGAGGUCGACAGAUCACAUGCAACCAGAUCAGAUUCGAAGGACGAGAGGUUUGCUCUCAGUACCGCUCAUCCCCCAGCAUCAAGACCAGUUUCUCCACCAGCGCCUAUAGAAGGUGUUCAAAGGCUCGACACGCUCUCCGUACAACAGCGCCAGGAAUUACUCAAAAAGUUGAUACGUGCUGCUGCUUCAUUUCGAACUGUCACGGACUCUAUGGUUGAAGAUGCGCUUGAUUAUUCGAAAUUUUCCCAAGCCCAUCCACCAAAAACUGUUGGGAAGUCGAAUAUACGUGUUGAUGAUAUACUAGGCAUGCCAGUUGAAGCCUUGAGGCUCGACGGGCCUGCUCGGGCAUACCAAUGGAAGAAGCCGACUACAGCUGCAGUACAAGCAGAUCUGACUCCACAUGCAAUUCGAACACGGAGUCCCACACUGUUUUGAUCUGCGUGGACACACCUACAUUUGUAAUCAGUUUUUAUUGAAAAGGCUCGUAUAGCGGUUACUCCGACAAGAGUUUCAAGUUUUUUGCCGAGAAGUUAGCGGAGAAGCUAUCCGUUCUCCAGAUGAUUUGGUAGCGAAAACUUCCAAGUUUUGAGAAAGUCACUCCCCCAAAUGAAUGAAGCUACUUGUCAUUUUGUCUUUGCUCGUGGGUAUAGUGUGGUCUUAAGGAUGUGAAACUCAGCAAAUGACGUUCGAAACCUUGAGAGAUUGACCACAACAUUCAGAUUCUUGAAGCCCUUGAUAUACAGACAAAAGAGUGAUUAGCAUUAGUACCAUUGUCUUAUUAGAAGGAAAGUUUUGACCCGACGGAUUAGCAGAAAAGACAUUGCCUCUUGCAAGCGAUAUGUACAAGUAUUUGCGUCUAGUGUGUAGAUUCAAAACACUUCCCCAAUCCAGAAAGCUGAGAAGUUGAAUUGCCAUGGAUAUCAGAUCAACGGUAGGUCAAUCGGUGCACGUGCGCCGUCCAACACGAGUUUGUAAAAACCCUACUCGUUGUCCAAAAAAAGCAAGGCGCUUUGUGUAUAGAACUCCCACUAAAAAAUGUUCCAAUGCCUUAAGAAGAAAAGCAGCACGGGAGUAAUGCCUGCGAAAUUAUGCAUAGAUUGCGGUCUAGUCCUUGAAGAAUGGACCUACUUCAUUCAAACUUAUUUUGUCCAGUGACCGCAAUUUUGAAAUUUUC